AUCAAACAGGUGAAGGUGCUGGAGCUCUUGGGCAGGUGCAGACAAGGCUUUUUUUACACUUUUAGCAUCCCUUCUCAGAGGGUAAAGGAGGAUGGAGAGCAGCAUUCCCAGAGGGAGCCCCUUAGCCGGCACAUGUGUGAGGGAUGGUGCUCCCAGCUGAGGUGGGUGAGCUGGCCCGGACCUCUGUCCUGCAGCACUGCUCACCUGCCACUGCAUCUGCACUGGAUUUCCUGCAGCACGGAGCUGCUCUCUCUUCUGUGGCUCACACCCGUGCUAUCCCAGCUUGCUGCGGCAGGGAUCACUUCAGUCAAUACUGGGUGAUUGCCAUCAACCUGUUUGGGAAACCUCCUGUUGAAAAACAAGAUAAAUAGAAAUAUGGAGUUAGACAUAAGGAGUGUGACCUCAGAACCAGCCUCUCCAAUGAGCAGUCCAGGGGAGGAAAAGAUGGAGAUUGCUUCUGAGCUGAGCACCUCAGAUUCGCAGAGGAGGGACAGUGGGUUCUUUGAAAGAGGUAUUAAAACAAUGUUAAGUAUCCAGAAAUCAAGACUAAGUCUGAAAAAAGAGAGAGGGAAGGAAGGUACUGGCACUUGGAAUGCAAAAAGACUUCUGCGAACGCUCAGGAGCUGCGAGGAGAACAAACCCACAGUCUGUGACGGCGUGGAGAAGGUUGAUGAGAUAUGUGAGCCCAUUGAAGCAAAACCUCUUUCAGUAAUGGAAAUCAAUGAACUUAUUCAGAAAAGACAACUUUUGGAAGCAUUUGCAAGUAUCAAGUUAAUGGAAGACGAGACUAUCUCUGAACGGGAUUCUGAGAAAUACAGUGAUAACCCCCAGGAGUUUGUACGGAAAUCCAAGGAUGUGGAUUUACUUUAUAACUCCAUCACAAAUGCAAUCCAGUCUAUAGUGGAGGCAACACUGGAGGAUCCCACUUUACAGCAUACCAUGCUGACCUCCAUGGUGACUUUAAUUGCCCACGAAGAAGCAGCUCAUCCCAAGACAGACAAUACUGCUCGUCCUGGGUCGGAUUUGCUUGGCAGGCCCAGAAAGUGGAGGGAGCAAUGGAAGCAAGCUGUCAACGAGAGUGCAAGGAAAAGAGUCCUGAAGGCACCCAUGGCACCAAGGGAAGACGCAACUUCUUGGCUUGAUCUCCAUUUACAUUUUCUCCAGGAACACCUGAGGGAAGAUUUACUGAAAGUCAAGUCAUCAGUGAAAGAAUGCUAUCCAGAGGAGUACCAGGUGUGUGACACAUAUGUGGAAGCUUUUCACAAUGCCAUUGCCUCACAUUUGCAAGAACUCUCCCAGGGACCACUGGACUUCCAUGAGCUCUACACCUUGCUUGACUGGGUAGCCAACACCUACCACAGUGAACACUUUCUGGGUCAUCCCCAGCUCAAACCAGAGAUUAAGACAGAAAACCUGUCCUUGCUGUUAACACCAGCUGAUUGGGAUAAGCUGAAAAACGACUACAUUGCUUCUGCAAAGGGGAAAAUCGAAAGUUAUUUUGGAAACAUCCUGAGACUAGAGGUCACAGAGAAGUGGAAGAAGGAAGUUCAUUCAGAAGAGAAGGAAAACCUCUACCACACCUCACUCUCUUUUGAUAUUCAAACGAUCAUCGGGCAGCACGUGAAGUUAUCUGGAGCUAUCAGCAGAAGCCUGGAAACAAAAAUGCUUGAGUUGUGCAUGGCAGAGCUGCUCGAAUUCAUACCAAGGUUUGAGCAGGAGUUCAUGGAGUGGAGCACUGCCCAGGACAGCCCCAUCUUUGUGCCCUAUCUUGUUGCCUACAUCAACAGUUUCCAUGACCUGGUGUCAGGGUUAGAAACAGCGUUUAAAGUCAAUACUGAGGAACUGCAGAAGAUUUUGGCAGCUCUGACAAGGAACUUCACAAAUCAUUUUUUAACAAAAUUAAGAACAAAAACACAGCCACUCCUUAAGAAAAUCCUGACCAAGAACUGGAUUUUGGAGACAGAAAGGCCGGUCUCACUGGCGUUGGCAGUCUCGCAGUUCUCUGAGCACCUGCAGCACAUGAGGGAGCCCCUGGGCCAGGAGCUUCUACAUGAAGUUCAUAAAUACAUGGUGAAGGAAUACAUCACACAGGUCAUCAAACCCAGAUGGAAAAUGAACAGGGAGACACGUCAGCAAGUGAGCAGAAAGAUGAGCCUGGAAGCUGAAAUCAUUCACAACACACUCAUGGAUCAGGGCUCUGAUGCCAACUGGCUCCUCCCUUCCAUAGAGCACAUUGCCAAUAUCAUUGGGGAGAAGACAAAAGACAAGAUCAAGGCACAUGUCAAGGAGCUCUGCCAGGAUUAUCCAGAUAUCAGGAAGGAGCACGUCCUGGCCAUCCUGGCGCUCCGGGGGCUGGGCCGUGCCAGGAGAGCGGCGAUCUUUCGGCAAGUGCACCAUGCACAGGAGAGCUCUGAUGGAGGGCAGGGCUGCACACUCUUCGCUGAAAUUGAUGUUCCAGUAAUCAUCAGCUGCUUCUAGCACAGGCCCAAAGUCAGCAUCCUGCCUCCUCCUACACUGCCUCUACAUAUGAUCCAAAAUCUGCUAACCAACCUUGCUUCUCUGCAAACCCAAAUUUUUGACUGCUGUGGAAAAAAGAGAAGUUUCCUGAAUUUGCUACCCCAAGUUCAGAACCCAAAGGCAACGGAUGCACCAAAACACCAACCUCCUGUGAGAGGUCCUGGGCAGCAGCUCCAGCCCAGGCAUGGUGUCCACCUCACAUUCCAUAUGGAUUCUAGUGCUAGGAGGCUGCUCCACUAUUUGGUAUGAGAUUGAAUGUAUUUUCAAAGAACUGGAGAAAACCAAAAGCAGUUCACUCAGAGCUAUAUUAAGGCCUCAGCACUAUAUUAAGGCUUGGAUUGUGCUCUUCAUAAUUAUACAGCAGCAGAGCAAGAUCCUCCCUCAUAAUUAGUGCCCAUGAGCAACCAAGGGGCAGAGCUUGGGCAGGGAUGUGGUAGCACCCAAGUUUUAUUUCCUCCCCCACAAACCAGCUGGCUGAGCUGGCAUGACACAAGGUCAUGACGUUGUGACCUGAGGCCACAAACCACUCUCUGCCUGGGGAGGAAAACACUGGGAAACCGAGCCCCAUGGCCGGGACAUGCAGCACACGGAACACUCCCCUCCAGACUGGCCCCCAUGGACCCUCUGGCAUUUCAGCAGAUCUUCCUCACUCGAGGGCUGCCUUGCAAAACUCCUGUUGGACUGAAGAUCUGUUCAUUCGAUCACAUGUCUGUGUAUACAGACAUGUCUGGAUCAGAUAUGCCAUGUGGAGGGAGGCUCCAAGUUCUCCUUGACUUGGGAAAAGUGCCACCAUGCCUCUAGUCUAUUUUCUUAUGUGUUUCAGUGCAUUUUAACAGAUCUGUUACAAUCUGACUGCAGUAUGAAACCAAAUGUGAGGUGGACAGACAGUGCUAGAGAUGAGAUCCUCAUCUGAUGUAAACUAGCAUAAUCCCUUUGAUGGGCAUGGAUCACCAUAGGGUUAACUCCAUGAAGGAUCCAAAGCAUUACAUCCAGCAUCUGCAGGGGAGACUGAAAGAGACAUUCAGCAGCCUAAAGCUGUAUAAAUUUGAUUUCAUUUAAUUCAAUUUAUCCUUUAGCUUGCCCUCCACAGGAUUUAAUCUAAGA